CUAGUUCAGUGGAAAAGUCGCAUAUAUCAGAUAAGUAAAUGAAACGAACAAGAUGCUUCUUAGGACGAUCCUCUUUGUUAUAUUGGGGGUGUUACAUUUUGUACAUACUGAAAUCCCGCUUAUCGACUCUUGUCACCACAAUAGUGUCAAGGUGAAAUGCAAGCCGGUUUGUCCCAAACUCUGCUCGAACCAUUAUUUUACUCGCAGGUGUGUUGCGAAAAAAUGCAAGGCAGGAUGCGCCUGUAAAAAGGGUUGGUUGCUAACUAGACCCACCCUGGGCUAUUGUAUUCCGCGAUCAUCUUGCAAGCGAUAUAUCAUAGAGUAAGAGUUUUGUGUGCACUCAAACUUAUAUUAAAUGUCUGAUUUUCCUGGCACUUAAGCUGCGAACUUGGGGGCGCAGAAAGUCUGACGACAAUGGCAAA